AUGUCUUAUAGAAACCCCAAUGUGGAGAAUCCUCAAGACCAAGUGUAUCCUCCAAGGUAUCCACAACAACAAAGACCUCCUUACCAAUCUCAAGGAAGUCAAUUUCAGCCAAGGCAAGGGUAUGAGCAGAGAUCAUCAUAUCCGCCCAAGGAGCCAUAUGCUUCUUCACCAAAUCAAGCUCCUCCAAACCAACAAGGUGGGAGAUUUGAAGGAAUCCUCCAACAGAUCAUGGAUGGCCAGAAGAGAAACAAUAAAGAGAUGUAUGAGAAGAUGGACACUUUGUUCAGCAAUCUCAACACCAAGUAUGAUGCUGUUGCCACUCAUGUGAAGAAACUAGAGACUCAAGUCACUCAAACUAUGGAAGCUGUUAAGAGACAGGAAGCUGAAUCCAAGAAGUCCUUUUGCAACUCAGCCGCCAUAGAAGAAAGAUUUGAAGACCAAGUUCCAGAAUGGAUGCUUUCAAAACCUACUGUUGAUUGCAUGAUUUGGCCUGAAGAGAAUUACCCAGAGAGAGAGUCCAAUCGAGCUAGAAAGAGAAGACUCUUCCCAAAGAUUAUCCCCAAGACAGAUAACUCAGGAAAGUUUGUGUGCCUUGUAUCAUCAAAGAUUGGAAAUUGCUCUAUCCCUACUGAUUUCCAGAUUGUGGAAAUGAGAGAGAGUAGCCAUAGACCUCUCAUAUUUGGAACCCCUUUCCUGUCUACUGUGGGUGCCAUAUUUGAUUUCCCCAAUCAAAGAAUCUCUUUCAACAAGGUGAACAAGGGUAUGUUCUUCCCUAUGUGUUCAACAAAGAACUCUUUUGUUGACAUGGUCCAAGAGGAGAAAGUUACUUUGAAGCCACCCCAAGAAGGAGAAACUGAAGAAACAAUCAAGGAAGAUCCCAUUCCUAAGCCCAAGCAGCUUGCCAAACAAGCAAGGAGUAAGACUAAGGCCCCUACACCAAAACCGCCCAAGGGAUCAACCAAGAUUGAAGAUGAGGCCAAGCCAAGAAAGAAGGUUAGAAAGCCUAGGUCUGGCCGCAACAUGAAGCUUCUAUUCCCAGAGGAGCUUAUUGAUGAGAAUCUAGAAGGAUUCAAGGAGAAAGUGAUAUACCUCUAUUUUACAUGCUUUUUAUAUGGUUUUACUAUGCUUUUUAUAAGCCGGUCGAACGCACUCUGCCGGACAGGAAGGGAAUUGGCUUCGCUCGGCCUUCUCCAGGACGGAUCCGACCCGGGAGGCAAUGGACCACGAUCGACCGAGAUCAUCACAUCACGGCCGACCAGACCGUGCGACCCGGGAAGCAAAGGACCGCGCUCGACCCGAAUCUUCGCGAACAAGAAGCCCACUUAUGCAGUUUUGACAAUUCUCAGCCCAAUUAACCUAAACCGACUUGUGAAGACCUAG